UCAAUUAACGUCACAAGUUUGGUAUUUCCUUCGUAGGGGAGAUCACAAGCAAAAUGCACCAUCAUGACAACAAUUGGAAAGCUUUAUCCCAAGGAAAGGAAGAUUCCAAACCUUUCCUCCCAAAUCCCACCACAUAAACCCUCAUACCCACUAACAAAACCCUAACCCUUUACCCAAUUUUAUACCUUCCCAAAUCUCACAGCCUCUCAACCCUUUGUUCAGUGUUCAAAUCCCCUCCCAUUUGAUUUUUUUUUUUUAAAAAAAAAAAGGGAAAAAUACAAAACCGACGUCGUUUUCCCGAAUGCUGUCUGUCCCGCUAAUCCGCAGCCACCGAUGUCCAAGAACGUGCUAGGGCACCGCCGCCGCACGCACCCCUUAAUCUGGUGCGCCGCCGUGAUAUGCACUGUGCUGGCUGUGGCAGUGGUGAUCACCGGCUUGGUGGUGUUUGUCGGGUACUUAAUAAUCCGGCCGAAGGUGCCGUUCGUGAGCGUGACGAAUGCGGGCCUGGACAACCUCUCGUACGACCAGUCCGGGCAGCUCACGGCGGCGCUGACGAUCGUCAUCCGCGCCGACAACCACAACAGGAGGGGCCACGCGAACUUCUACGACGCGGGCUUCGGGCUCUACUUCCACGGGUUGCAGAUCGCGAAGCUGGUGGCGGAGCCCUUCAGCGUCCGGAAGAACAGUUCCGUGGAGUUUCAUUACCAGGUGGAGUCAUCGCCGAUUCCGCUGGACGCGGCGGCGAUGGAUUACGUGGACGCGGCGCUGAAGGAGAACAAGAUCGCGUUUAACAUGAAGGGUCACGUGAGGACCAGGUGGAGAGUGGGGAUUCUGGGCUCUGUCAAGUUCUGGUGUGAUUUGGAUUGUCAGCUCCAGUUCAACCCAUUGAACAGGAGUUAUAUUCCCUCCUAUUGCAGCUCCAAAUCUAAAUAAUCUCCCCCUCUCUGUCUCUUUCUCUCUACAGUAGAUUUCUAUUUGAACUUUCAGUUUAAAUGCAAUAAAUUUUAGAGGCUACCUUCAUCAUCA